GCGUGGCACGCGUCGCCAGGACGCAUCGGCGGAUUAUGUCGCAGGUCAGUUCGCGGAUAAGGUGAAAGUGCCGGACACGUAUCUAAUCCUGAACAUGCUUGCUUUGCUCUUCAAAUACGGAUAAUUAAACUGUCAAUAUGGAAUAUAUGUAGGAGAGAGUUGCCGAAAUCGUACCUCAUCGAUCAUAAACUUCACCUAAUUUCUCUUCAAAAAUUUGGAAAAAGUUUGAAACACGCACAAAAUAAGAUGUAAUCUGAAAAUCUUUUUGUUUAUAUUGCUCACUGCUCACUUAUUAUCAUCGUUUAUGUUCAACAAUAAUUAAGAAAUUGAUGAGAUAUGCUUUCAGCAACUAUGCAUUCGACAUAUGUAUAUAUAUUUUAUAUCAAAAAUUGAAAUAUUCGCGCUUAAAGACUCCAAAAAAGUAAGGAUGUCCAGGAUUAGGUACGUUCCGAAUCAAAAUUUUGGUUCCACUUUCAUCCUCGAAAGUCCACUUAACGCUUGCUUUGAUACUAUGAAGCCUAAAUCAACUGCUUUUGAACCUACUUCACCCACUGACUUUGCCAAGAGGUCCUAUUUAGAACCUACAAGUGGCAUUUCAUGCGUUUUCUGCCAUUUAGAGGCGUCAAGUAGGACUUCAGUUUCCACGUGUAUUACACAUACACAGAUCUUUCAGAAUAAACAGAUGUUAGAAAGUUCAAAUCGAGAAAGUAGGGCUAAAAUUUCGACUUGAGCAGGCAUUGAUAUUUUUGUCUUGUUUGUGUGUAUUUUGGAGAUGAUUCGACGUCUCAUAAAGAAACACUCUAAAAGUGCUUUUUCAUUGUUUGUGUACAUGGUGUCGCACUACUUGCGACUAUUUCGCGGCCGGGAAAAGGUCGGGCGUUAAUAUUAAGAUCGCGAGACAAAUGUUUCUCCCCCGUCGGGAAAACUUGCUGCUGUCUUAUUGGUGAUGUUCGCGUUUCGUCUCGACUCAGAAGUUGACAGCAACAAACAAACAUAUACACACAUACACUCGUCUACUUAAUAAAUAUAAUAUGAUAUAAAAUAUGAACCGCCGACUAGGUGAAGGAGUGAACUCGAGAAGUUUUUUAUUUUUGAAACUCGCGCAUACGCAUACACACACUCGCGCACUGUCGAGAGUCUUUUUGCAAACCGCGACAAGAAUUGUUACACACGGGAAUUGGCAAGAGCGCGGGUCAAGCUUCUGUUUGCCGGGCCGGAUCGACGUGACAAUGGCGGCCAAGAAAUGCAUUUAUGACAGUGCACGCCAACUUAAGUGGUUCCGCGGAGUCUGGGGAAAUGAAAAUCCUGCCCCCUCCUUUCUCGCGUUGUUUUUCGCGCGGGAACGCGGAUAGUCACUUAAAACGAAAAUAUAUCCCCGGAAAUUCGCCGGGUGCGAUUCAUCGAGCACGGCGAAUGGAUGACGACGGGGAUCUCGCGAAAUUAUUUUCCAUCUCGCGAUAGGUAACGAAUCGAUCCGCGAAACAUUCCUCUCUCCGCCGCGAAGAUUAGCCGAAUGACAUGCAAAUCGCGGCUCAUAUUGCAGAAUACGUGAAAGAACGCUCGCCGCAUCUCUCCCGUCCAAGAUCACUAUCAUAACGAUGUCUGGAGUGGUUUCAAAUACUCGGAUGUCAUUCAUUUCUUAUUCCGCGCGGUCGAUUCAUCACUAGGCAGAAGCAGCCGCGACAAAUAGUACCGUAAGAACACGCGUCGCGUCUGAGAGCGUCCUUAAAUAAUUUAUCGACUCUCAUCGCGACACCGAGAGCUUCGUCGAUGCCAAUUUUGUCGCGAUAUAAGGUAAAGAUACCAAAAUGUCUGGACACUUAUCUAACUCUAGCUAUUUUUAUAUUUUUGGUCUUUAACUACGAAUAUUUUAACAUAAAAUUUAAAUACGAAUAUUUUAACAUAAUCUUUAAAUAUGAAACUUUCAACAUAGAAUAUAUGUCGCAAGGUUGAUAAAUAAUACAAAUGUGUAAAUAUUUUAGAAAUACACUAAAGACAUUUCAAACAAGUAGGACAUCUUUUAGAUGUUUCUAAAGUGUUUCUUAAACAUUUAUGCUAUAUAGAAUACAUAUAGGGUGUCCGAUAAUUCGCUACGCAGCCGCGAUGUACAGAUAGAACUCAACAUAAAAUUUCUCUACCAUUUCGUAAACUAUAUUGUAAUCAUUCACCGAUCGUCUUUGAUUAAUAACUCAAAAUUUUACGUACUUGUUUGCGCAAUGGUAAAGAUAUUUUGUGUUCAGUUUGACGAGUAUAUCCAAUAUAUGUAUAUAUACAUAUAUAUAUUCUAUGUUGAAAGUUUAAAUACUCGUAUUUAAAGACCAAAACAAUAAGGAUGUCCAGACAUUGGUACUUUUACUUUGGGUAGUUGGACGGUUCUGAUCUGCGCACAUUUUCAUCGUGAUGACUCAUCCUCGCUAUUGUGUUUAUUUUAUUCGGUAACUUUGCAGAUUCAUCGUGAAGUCGAACGCUUAAAAUUGCGAGUUAACAGCGCGGCGUGUUUCUCUUCUUUUUUUUCUUCUUUUUUCUCGAGCCAGCCGACCCCGAAUGGCUGCUUCGGGAAGUUUUACCCUAUAAAAGCGAGGUUGAUCAAACAGCAGUGUUCCUUCGUAAUCGGCCAUCAGUUCCGCGGAUUUUUAUCUGUGCCAGUGUGUAUCGCGAAGUGUCACGGACGCGGGCACAAAUGGCUCCGAACAAAACUCAUCCAAUUUUAAACCGCGAUCCUUUCGGGAUCUCCCGCUGUUCUCCACUGGCGCAUGGGAUCUCGAAAACAAAUCCCUCCAUUCGAGUGGGCCGAGAAAACGAGAAAAUCGCGCCGGACUUCAAAUCGAGGCGACCGAAUCUUCUAAGUUCCAACAUAGAUCGGGGUCGACGUAAAACAUGUUUUGACCAUCCCACACGAUAAUCGAUCUAUUUGUCGGUAUAUUUAAGGAUAUUUUAGGGUUAUUCGGAAUAUAAAUUAAAUUAUGUUACCCGUUGCCUAAAAAAAAAACAAGAAAAUUAUAUAAAAAAAUUUUUAAGUAUUUUCACAAACACCAAGAAUCGAAUUUGUAAUAGUAGCUUCAACUUAGAUUUAAGUUUAAACUGUGUUCUAAUGUGAUUCCAAUGGUAGUAAGACAUCAAAUGACGUAUUUGAUGAAUUUAAACAAAGUUUAAGGUUCUGGUUUAAGAUAGCUGAAAAAUAAUAAAUUCUUUACACUUUUUUUUUUUAAGGAAAUGAACGAAAGUAAUAACCUAGGAUUCCGACUAAUUCCAUUGUUUUAAGAAUAAAUAAAUUAUUAAAAAAGAAGUUCCGUCCAUGUUUUAUGUGCUGAGCACGAUAUCGUUGUGCAGCACAUCUAAGUGUUGGCAACAUUACAGCUCGUAUGACAAUCUGAAACAGAUCUGAAUCUGACCAUAAUCUGAGAAAAUUUAAUACUGUAUUAAAUUUGCUGGAUGAUGAAAUUAAAUCCUGUGGAAAAUUUCCAAAAUUUUUAUGUACUAAUAAAUUUCAUACAGAUUUAAAAUUUUUUGUCCCCGUUGUUUCAAAUUAUUACGCGAAUUGUUGUCCACCAGUUAAAAGUAUCUGUCCAACAAAAAAUGGAAUUUUUAUUUUUUUAAUAAAAAAUAAUUUUCUCUGCUUAAAAUAAUGAUAAGUGGUAUUGUCGAAACUCUCUAUCGAAAAUUUUACUGGAAAUCGGAAAAAAAUUCUCAAGAAAUUCCUACUUUUCAACUAUCUAAAUUAGAAUUUCCUCUUAAGUUUAAAUCUAAGUUUAAAUUACAAUUGAAAAAUCAAAUUUAUUUCCUUUCUUGCACGGGGUGAUCCGUUAAGAGAAUUAAAACUGACUUGAGGAAAUUAGCGACUAGCCGUUAGACUAAAUCCGUUCGUCAAGAUCGACUGACCGGCUUUCUAUCACACAGGAGCACCCACUCAGGCCGUUCCCGUGCGAUGCGGGAAAAGGGGGGGCGCGUUAAUAUAUCGGUUGUGCGGCGGGCGAUCGUCUAAAAGCGGUCGGACUUCUCUGGACCCGGUCGCCUUACCUUUAAACCGCUCGCGCGUCUUUCCCCGUUACUUUGUCGCGGUGUGAUGUCGUGGCCGACGGCGGUUUCUUGGAGAAGAGAGGCCGACAGUCGGGGCCGCUCGUACAGCCGUCGGCAGAAAUAAUCCCAUCGAUUCCGUCCGCCGGAAGAAGCCACGCUGGAGGAGCAGGUGGCAGCGAUCGGGUGGGACUUUUAAGAGCCGGAGGUCGUGCUGGAGAACGCGAUUAACGUCGUCGUCGUCGUCGUCGACGACGAGGAGGAGACGAAGAGGGAGAAGACAGCUCUCUCUCCGUUCGCCACUCUCGGCCGCAUCCGGCGAAAACAGACGGAGGCGAGAAGGUAACCGAAAACGGACGGAGGCGAGGAUGAGGCAAGUGGUUGUGCUGGAGCCGGCGGGCAGCGUGCUGGUGAUCAGGCAGACCUCGUUGGCCGGCGGGAACGCCAAUUCUGGCAAUCCCGGUGGCAACCCCAACGACAACCACGCCUUGGCUAAUCAUCACGCCGCCGUGUCCACCAUCGCCUCCAGCGACCACAAUCAGAACAGGAUCGUCGUGGUGCGCUCGUCCUCGUCCACCUGCAUGACCAGCUCGGCCGACAAUCACGCGUCGACCAACGGUAACGGUAACAUCAACGUUAACGCGAACAUCAACGGGAACCCCGGCGGCAUUAGCUGCAGCAGCAAGACGUCGUCGAAGGUCGGGGUUGGCGGCGUUGCUUGCAAGCUGAACGAGAGAAACGAUCACCUACGGAACGAGCACAAGAACCAGGACGGGGCCGUCAGCAACGAGACGAACGCAGCUGGAUGCCGUCCAAGGACGAGCAAGGAAGCCGCUCACGAGAACGUCGUCGUCACCGACAGGAAGCUCGAUGGCGCGGAUCCCAUCUCCGACGGCGACCCGAUCAAGCUGCCGGAAAAUCUGGAAACCCUGCCGCGGGCCGAGCACUUUCCAACUCAGAGGCACCGAUGGAACACCAACGAGGAAAUCGCCGCGAUCCUGAUCAGUUUUCAGAGGCACGCCGAAUGGCAGAGUCGGGAGGUUAAAGUGCGACCACGAAGUGGUUCGAUGUUACUGUACUCGAGAAAGAAGGUACGUUACCGGCGGGACGGUUACUGCUGGAAGAAGAGAAAAGAUGGAAAGACUACACGGGAGGAUCACAUGAAAUUGAAGGUUCAGGGAGUCGAGUGCAUCUAUGGCUGUUAUGUGCACUCGGCGAUCCUGCCGACGUUUCAUCGCCGGUGUUACUGGCUACUGCAGAACCCGGACGUUGUCCUUGUCCACUAUCUGAACGUUCCUUAUCCGGACGGCGAUGCGAAGCUGGCUGCCCUGCCGCCAUGUCUCGCAUUGCCGCCAGACAAGAAGGAGUGGACGCGGGACGAAUUGGCGUCGCAAUUAAGGCCCAUGUUCCUCGGCGGGGAUGACGACCCGAACAAUCCUCAUCUCACGCAGCAUUCGAGCCAUCCCGUCGACAUGAUAGUCUCUCAAUUGCUCGACAGGCAGAGGGCAUCCUCCACCUCCUCUACCAGCAACACUCAGCUCGCACCUAGGAGACUCACGCCCGACAAUCAGGUUCAAACCGUAGUCUCUUCGACAACGGGAGGUCAGCAACCGUCGACGACAGCCGCUCCCGCUCCCCGCGUGUACUCAAGACAUUCCCAUUCCACUCAGAGUCAACAGCCGGCUCCUCUAGUUUUAAGUUUACAACAAAUUCAAGGCGGAGGUGGUCUUCUGAUACUCAACAGUCAACCAUAUCAUCAUCAACAGCAUCAACAGCAGCAGCAGCAACAGCAGCAGCAACAGCAGCCGCAGCAGCAGCAGCAGCAACCACAGCAACAGUCGCCGCAGCAGCCGCCGCAACCGCAGCAACACCAACAGCAGCAGCAGCAGCAGCAGCAGCAACAGCAGAGUCAGCAGGUGGAUAUGCAACAGGUUGCGGAGCAACAAAUCGUGCCGCAGACAAGCGUCGACAGGGAACAGCAGACACAGCAGGAGAUCGACGCGCAGGAGAACAUGGAGAGGUCGGCCGUGCAGCCUCUGCCGAUUGGCGGUUCCGGCUCCGAGGUCACUGAUUUCGCGGAAACGCUGGAUCUCAGCCAGGAGGACAUCCAGAGGACACUCUCGGCCAAUAUGGUGCCGCCGUCGCCGUCGCCCUCGCCAGCGGACAACAGCAUGAUCAAUCCGAUGGACUUUAUCGACUCGUCGGACGACGUGCUGGUCAACCUGGACGCGUUUGACGUGUUUGGUGACCUGCCGGAGCUGCACGACUUCGAGGCCGAUCAGACGAAACACGAGGAGCGGGGUGGUCCCGAGAACGAAGUCGGAUGUCAUCCUGGUACAACCGUCCAUAUUGCAGAAUAUAGUCCCGAGUGGAGUUACACCGAAGGCGGUGUAAAAGUAUUAGUCGCCGGUCCAUGGACCGGUGGUAGCGGUUCCCAAUCGUAUUCGGUACUUUUCGACGCGGAACCAGUCGAAGCGUGCCUCGUGCAGCCGGGUGUGCUGCGUUGCCGAUGUCCUGCGCACGCACCGGGGAUAGCGUCCCUUCAAGUGGCUUGCGACGGUUUCGUCGUGUCCGAUAGCGUUGCCUUCGAAUACCGUAGAGCGCCGACGAGCGAACCCAGCCCAGAGAAGGCCCUGCUGGACCGUCUUGCGGAUGUCGAGGCGCGUCUGCAAGGGCCAGGUCCGCCGUCUCCCGCGGCUCAUCUGGAAGAGCGACUGGUUGCUUAUUGCCAGGAUGCUGUUGUCCGUCCUUGGCGAGCUGGAGCGGAACCUCUUCAAUCCGGCGGGCCUACUCUCUUGCACCUGGCAGCCGGAUUGGGAUACUCCAGGUUAGCCUGCGCACUUCUUCACUGGAGAGCGGAAAAUCCUAGUAGCGUUUUGGACGCCGAGGUCGAUGCUCUUAGGCAAGAUAGCGCCGGCCUCACGCCGCUCGCUUGGGCUUGCGCGGCGGGACACGCCGACACCGCCAGGAUUCUUUACAGAUGGAACGCGAUGGCGCUUCGCGUGAGGGACUGUCAGAACAGAACGGCGACCGAGCUGGCCGCGGAGAACGGUCACACGGCGAUCGCCGAGGAACUCAAUCAGCUCGAGGCUCGCAGACAAGAUGAGAGGCUUUUCUUGCGACCCGCCAGCCCUAGUCCUAGGAGACCCUCUCAAGACAGCGGCCUCGAUCUGGCGUUGUGUGGCUCGCCGCUGCUGGACAACAUGGAGUUGUUGCAAGAGGAUGAGUCGUCGUUAGGCCUCAGCGAACAGGGAAUGGAGAGCGCUCCGACCCCUCAGGAGACCGUAGGGGAGGAAGACGCGAGGGUGCUGACGUUGGCGGAGCAGAUUAUAGCGGCGCUACCGGAGAGGAUCAAGAGGGCGGAAGGUGAUUCUCCGUCUUCCAGCUCGCCACCGCCUCCGACGGCGCCUCUGUCACCCUUGGAAGACGCCCUAAUGGAGCAAAUGCCCCUCGACUCCGGAGAAUUGUUCGACUCGUACCGCGACUGCAGCGGGGGAGCUGCGUCGGUUUCGGACGCCGACGCCGAGGCCAGUCCCUCGAGUCCGUCGAGCAGCUGCCUGACCCCGGACUCGCCGUCCCCGCCGCCCACCACCGCCGACUUCUGCGAGUUUCUGCAGCUGCAGCUGCAGCUGGACGGCGGCAACGGCCACAGCGGCCAGUAUUACCCGGCGAACGGCUGCGGCGAGCGCAAGCUCAACGGCAUGAUCGGCACCGGGAUCUCAGGCGCGAUCACGGCGACUGGCGCGGGUAACGGCGACGGCAACGAGGCGGACCUCAGCAGGCUGACGUUGUCUGACCGUGAACAGCGAGAGCUUUAUCAUGCCGCUCGGAUGAUCCAGAAGGCGUACCGGAGCUACAAGGGUCGUCAGAGGCAGGAGGAGGCCGAGAGGCACGCCGCUGUUCUUAUACAACAGUACUACCGCCGUCACAAGCAAUACGCUUAUCACAGGCAAGCCACGAAGGCCGCUCUGGUGAUCCAGAACAACUAUCGGAACUACCGUGCGCGGCCAGGCUCGGCCGGCACCAGACAGCAGGCGGUCCAUCAGCAGGCAGCCCAUCAGGCAGCGCGGAAGAUCCAGCAAUUCAUGCGGCAGUCCAAGAUCAAACUGCAGAACGCCAAGGCCGUCGCAAGCGGGAACGGGAGGCAGCCAGCGGUCACUUCGCGGGUGGCUGCUGUCCCCCAAAGCUCGCCCUCAUCUAGCCCAGGGGCCAGCCUAGUAGCCGCCAACCCGGAGGUCACCUAGUAGUCGACUGCCAGUCCAACGGCACGCGGAGCGACGACGACGGUUCGCUAGUAAAAUAGAGGACGACAAUAGCCGCGAAGUGGUCGCGAGACGAGCAGCAGGAGAAGCGCACGGACGCGCUCCGAAACCCGGGAAGCCGUCGCUCUACCCAAAGGAGGGAGAGUAUGACCUGACCUCCGCGACACCUCGGUCAGGUCGUUGGCGACAGCAGCAGCGGCAGCAGCGGCAGCAGCAACAACUACUACGGGAAAGGGUACCAGACGUACGACACGGAUCACACGCUUCGUUCUCCGCGUCUCUGAUUUGCGUACCCGGUUGUUGACCUACCUUUUCAAGUCUCUUAUCAUAGUUUCGACCUUUUGUCCCUUACAAACACACUUUCACACACACACACACGCACACCUGCACACGACAAACCUGCACUGAGCUGACACAACUCGUAGCACAACGCGGAUUUCAUCUUCGAUCGCUCGUUUGUUCCGCUUGUACCUUAUUAGUAUUCGCGCGUUUCCGUACCCAGUUGAUGCGAGCGAUCGACGUGAGCGAACAUAGAAGAAUAAAUGGACGGAUACUAAUGCGUAUCUGUCAGAGGUAGGCUCAGGUCGACGACAACGCGCGCUCCAGGGCUACUCGGGUGGAGAUUAACGGCGAGGCGCCAAGUCGAUCGACUCGAGACACGCUUGUAGAGUACACACAUACGCGCGCACAAACACUCGAAACGUACACGUACAUACAUACAAACACAUACACGGUUUUACCCUUCCGCUUUCUACGAUACAUACACGAUGUAAGGUAACACUUGUCGCUGCGCGAAAAGCGCGGAUCCGCUUUCCCCCGGCACAUACGCUAUAAUUCUUCGGUACAUACGUACGACUCUACUUGCGACGCAGCAUCGAAGUCGACGAGUCGUUGCUCGCGAUACUUCACUCGCAUCUCCUCGUGUGCAUCGAGCUGAAUCGCACAAAACAACAAGUUGUCGCUUUCGUAGGAUAGGGUAGAUAGGUUAGGUAGAGGGUAAGUAGGGGUAGGCUCGGAUAGCUCGCGGGUAGAUUCGUCGCCCGGCGAAUUUCGCAGUUCCGUAGAAAGAUCUCUCUUAACAACCGAACUAUUUCUUCGGCACGGGGCUCUUCGUAGGUUUAGGCGUAUUUCUUCUACGGUGGCACCGGUCGACAGGUUCGAUUUUUCUCUUUUUUUUUUCUUUCCUCACUUUCGCUUUCCCUUUCCAUACAAAGAACGUCGAGACUGAUUGUGCGUUUGUGCGAAUCGUGCUCCGAAUCGUGCUCGCGAUUACAUCCAUAUCGCGAUGAGCGAAAUCGACGAAGUUCCCGACGCGUGUUUCGUUGCGAAUCCAAUCCUCGAAACAACGACAAUCAGUCGAGGCUCUCUUUGACCUAGGAAUCUCGUUGACCCGUGUCAUCGCCAUUCUACCGAUCGCAUCGAGACACAGUUUUGCCCAUUUUCCCAUGCAAGGGGAGUGUAUUCGUGUACAACAACUGUGUUUGUUCUACAUUUGUUUCUCCGACGAGUGUGGCACUUAUUGAUUACACGUACACGUACACGUACACCACGUAAUCUCACUUGCGUAGGAUACACAACCGAUAUAAGCUUUCCAUUCUUCCUUAUACGAUAACACGUUCGUCGUAUUUCGCUGCCGAGUUCGACGCAGUCGAUCCAGACUGUAGGAACGUCCACGUCGACGGAACGUUCUCGUCUCCGGGAAGAACGAAGGCUGCUUAUCUCGAGUUUACGCGCGAAUCCGAGCUUGAACGUUCACCGGACAUGUUGCGUACUUCACGUGUCCGAAGUUUCACGGAGUUAGUCAGUAGUUUCGCUGACGUCGAUUCGCGCUGAGUUUAAGGGAUGAACGCGCGAAUUCGGAGAGCGAAAUACGUGAGAUCGAAGACUCCGAGAGAGCUGGCGCUGGUUCACGUUUCGUAAUAAACAGAUCGGGAUGGGAAGGACGUGCGAGAGAAGACGAGGAUCCGAGCGCUCGGCACGAAUCGGGACGCGAGAUUAGACUUGGUAAUUCUCGAGAUUAGCUUCUGAUUUCCGAUCGGUAUUAUUGUCCACGUCCAUUUUUUAUAUUUUUUUACAAGAGGCGUGCGUUAGGGAUUAAAUUUAAGUAAUUCGCGCGAAAGCUGGACGCGCGCUCCUAUUGUUCAGCGCGGGAGGAGGAAAGAAUGAGAAAGAAUGAGAGAGAGAGAGAGGGAGGGGGAGAAAAAGUAGAGGAAAAGAAAGGCCAGAGAGCACUGACUUAUAACGCAGCGUCGUGAAUCUAUUUGUACAUACGUCUUUAAGUACGAAACGUACGGAAGUUCAUAACGUAGCGAAAACGUGCGCGGGAAUUCGUUUCGCUCCAGCAAAAACCGGAAAAGGCGAGAAAGGGACUACACAUCGAUCUUGGAGGAUCUCAGAGUAAGAGCGAGCGGAGAGAAGAGUAGAAAGAGGUGGAGGGAAGGGCGAGGAAAUGAGAGUAGCGGAAGACGGUUGCUGUGCGCGAACGAGGUAGCUAAUAGAAAAGAGAAAGAACGGUGGAGGGACGAGUAUAUAUCGAGAGCCCCCGACGGGAGGAAACAAAAGAGGGGAUAAACGACAAAAAGAAAAAAAAAAUCAGAGAGAAAUAAUAAAAGAAACAAGCCCUUCGUCCAAAGGGCGCAACUUCAUCCACGGGCUGUGCUAGUCACAGUAUAAUCAACUUCGUAGAGUUACUUCUAGAACGUAAGACUAGUCGAUUACACAUUGUUACAAAAAACUACCUACCGUUUCUCUCUCCGAUAGGGGAUUUUUUUAAAGAUUCUCUAGCGUAAAAGAAUAAAAAAAAGAAGAAGAAGAAAAAGGUAAUUUAGCGGUUAAUUAAGGGCGUAGUUGAUUGUGGACGCGCGCGAUCUCGCGCGAUGCGGCGCGCGCGCGCGCGGCGGCAAGCCGCGGUUGUCCCGCGUUCAAGUUCUGAUCGGGGGAGGACAAACGUCUAUUGUGAUAAAUUAAUGGUGAUCCAAGAAAGUAUUUCCGCGCAAUGGGACAAGGGGAAACUAAUGAGAGUGAGAGAAAGAGAGAGAGAGAGAGAGAGAGAGAGAGAGAGAGAGUGUGAGGAACUGUGAGAAAGAGGAAACACUGAGUCUCCGACCUAGGGAGGCGGAAAGACGGACAGACGGACGGACAAGUAGAUAGGUAGGUAGAUAGACAGACAAAUUCGAGCUAAUGGCGAAUUGAGAUUACGCCGUGCGAGAGCUAUCGGAGGGGUGAGGGGAUUAUACGCGGUCAUCGCGCGAUAGUGCGACGUCGAGGGUGAAUUCGUAGGUCGCAUCGCCGUAUCUCUUCAGGAGAAACGGAGAUUCAGUCUAUAUCGACCAUCUUACCUCUCCGGAGUAGUUUUCGCAGAGACAGCAGGUUGUGUAAGAGAGGGAGAGAGAGAGAGAGAGAGAGACUUGGAAGUGAGGUAUAAUAACGGAGCGCGAGGUGGUGGGAUAUUACUACAAUAUAUUGUACACACGAGUCAAUUCCAACGAGCAUUUUCAAUGCCAUUAUAAGCUUAAAGAGUUAUUAGUUAUUAAAUGAGGCAAGACGCGCGCGGGAAGGGUGAAAGGUGAAGAGAACUAAGAGGAGAGAGUGAAAGAGAGAGAAAGAAAGAGGAGAAGGAGGAGAAGGAGGAGAGUAAAACAAAUUCUUACACUCUUUUAAUCAUUGUUAAUUAAUUAAAUAAUCACGAUCCUAUCGAAUACUUAAAAUGAGUAAAUAAUAAUUAUUAUAUACACAAAACUAUUAUUAUAUUCAUAUUUUUGCUUAUUACAUACUUAAGAAUCUAAUUAAACGAGGGCUAGCGAUUAAUAAACGUAGCGAGAACGAGAGACGUGUGGGACGAUGCGACCGAGUACGACGAGUAGAGCGAGAUCUCGAAUUGUGGAGGUGAGAAAGAGAGAGAGGGUAAACUUUCAUCAAACGGUCGGGCUUGUAAAAUGCUCGCGAUCGUGCGUGGCAAUCUGGUCUCGAAUUUUACACAAAGGUAAAAGAAAAAAAAAAAGAUUUCUGACGACACACGGCGCGCGCGAGCGCGGUCUCGGCGACGGACGGGGAGGGAUACGCUGUCGCUUUUCCCGGGGUUACAGAAGGACAAAAAAGUCGGAUACAAAUAUUUUUCACCCGCAGAACGGCGGACAGAAACCGGCCGACACCGCGCAAACGCGAAAUCACGCCGUUGUUUCAUGUAAUCGCACGAUUCCACCACGUACACGCGGCAACAAGCUAGACGAGGUGUGUUUGUGCACAAAGAGGGUGAAGAGUUUGCGGGAGCGAUAGAUAGAAACUGACUGAAAGGUAGAAAGAGAGAAGGAGAGAAUGGGGGGUGGAAGGAGAAUGGGGGAGAAGUCAGAUUGCUGAAAAAAAAAAUCUUACUUAAAAAGACAUCGCUAGGGUAGGCGCUUCGAGGAUACAUAAACUUUAAAAAGUCAUUUAAUACAAAUUAUUCUCAAAAUAUAAAAGAAGUUUAAUAAGUAAAAGGAGAAAAAAGAUUUUUAAAUCUACGUAAGAAAGCCAAGAAGUCAAAGACGACUAGAUGAUAGGAGCCGCAUGGCCUAAUUGCUGCCACUUUAAUUAAUUAAAUAAUUAAUUAUAACUUUAUUAUACAAUUAUAAUCUCGAUGACACACACACACACACACCCAUACACAGAUGGCAAAUAAAAAAGAAACUCCGUUACACGUUCACACCACAUAUACAGACACCACACAUAUAUAUACACAUAUACACACACACUAUGUCAUACCACUUUUCAAACUACUCUCUAGAUGCAGAGACGAAUCAGUAGGGUAUAUAAUAGCGGACUAUUAAGCAAGAGAUAAAAUCAGAAAAAAAAAGAAAAAAAGAACAGAACUAAUUUCUCUCCUAAGUCCGGGAACGAUUGAGAAUUCGCGCUAAGAAGAAGAAAAAAAAAUAGAGAUUCAAAUAUUUCCAAUUGUCCAGUCUCCAGAAUCACACGAGACACGCGCGCGCGAGAGGAAGAUCGCGCGAGGUGUCCCGUGGUUCUCGUAGUCGCGAGCCCGCCCGGUUAUUCCGCCUCGUUGCCGUUCCGCUCCAAAAGCGUUUCGCGAAUCGUACCCCGCGUGUAGUCAAGGGGACGGUGCGAAUCGGAAAUAUCGCGAUUUGAGAGAGAGAGGAGGAAAAAAAAGAUAAAUCGCGAACGUGAAAGCCCACGCGAUCGUCGGCGCGGAACGCCUCCGUCGCGGCUCGAACGUCGUUCCGGCUCUAUAUAUCUCGCAGAAACCUUUCCGUAUAUUUUUUACAAAAUAAAGAGAAGAGGGAGAAGACGAAGGAGCGGAGGGAGAAUCAGAGGAAGCGCAAAACUUCGCCGGCACGGUCACAUCCGGAGCUUCUGUCGCGGUCCGCGCGCUUGGGGUGCACGACUCGCGGGCGCGCGAUCGCGCGGACACGCGACGCCUGGCGCGUCGCGCGCGUCACGAUGUCGAAAGGGUCGAAACGAUCGGAUCGGUGCCUAUCACGUUUGUACAGACACGGAGACGACAUACACGAAUACACACAGACACACCACAGAGAGACAGACAGAUGCAUUGAACACGAAAUCACACGAAUUCAGAGAAGCCACGAAGCCACGGGAACACAGAGGGAUACAGAAUUACAAAGACGGGGGAUACACAGGGGGUAGUUUACAUAUAAUGGACAAUUAUAUAGACCAGUUCUAUAGACACGUGGUGGAAGCUACAUAGAUGCACAUAUGCUAACAGAGUCACACAGAGGACACGAAGAUGCGAAAUGACACAAUCACGAGAAAUCACAGAGACAAGCAGUACAGGGAUCGCGGAAAUCCAAAACAAACACAUAUGCACACACAUACAAAUCCAUACGCAUACACAUAUACACACAUUGUUCCUUCGUCGCGACGAUCACUUCGUACCUGCUUGCUGCCUGCCUGGUCCGUGCUACACACGACGCUACUACUAGUCUCGCGUGGCGGCGUUCACACUCUUACCCCCCUCCCCCCUCCACAGACAUACACAUAGAACACAGACACCGCCUUUUAAUUCCGCUCGAUGAUAAUAACGUCCAAAGCAUAUCGCGCGUACUUUCGUUGUGAUAAUCGGACGCACGACGGCGGCGGCUCUUCGCGCCGUCGCCGUCGCGAAGAUCAUUUCUCCGCUUCGUGGACGCGUGUCGGUAAAUAAUAUACGCUGAUGAUUUUUGCCAUUUGUUGUUCGGUCCCGUCGCCGGUUUUUUCGCGGAUGGGAAAGAGAGCGUGAUUCUCUCGCGAAUAGAGAGAGAACGUUCAUGAUGAUGAUGAUGAUGAUAAUGAUGAUGAUGAUGAUGACGAUGAUGAUAAUGAUGAUGAUGAUGGUUUCGACGGCUAUUUCGACAUCAAUCCGCUCUCGACGUUUCCGCGUUCCAGAAUCCAGCCCGGCCCCAUGAGGAUCUCAAUCCUCCUUGCCAACGUAAUCGCCGCGGAACGGCGAGGGUGGGAUGGCAAUCCCCGAGGGGGAUCGAAAUCGGCCGCCGGGGCGGUUUUUGGAACAAGGGCUGCGUGUUAGAUGCGGCACGUACGCGCUAGAUUUUAGUGGAAACGAAUAAACGGUAAAGGCUCCAUCUCUUGUAAUAUUUUUAUUAUCGCAAGCGUAAUAUUAUAAAUAUAUAUAAAUAUAUAUAUAAAUAUAUAUAUGAUUAAAUUAUAUAUAUAUUAAAUAAAGGGAUUACGCGCGCGCCACUGUUUAUUAUUUAUUGACUAACGUUCGACUAAUAUUGUAAAUAAUAACGAAAAUAUUUUAUCUAUAUUUCCGAUCCGGGGGCGCCGGGCGGGGGCGGCGUAUUAUCUCUUGUCCGCCCUCGCGGCGGCCAACACGGUCGCCGUUUCGCCCGCCUCUCUAUUGUUACACCAUUUCAUCAUUGCAUUUAAUAAAUUAUAUAUUUAUUGA